AUGCCUGUGCAUGAUAGCCUCUAUCGUUCGUUCACUGAGAAGUCAUGGCCGAGGCUCUUAAAGGUGCCCAGCAAGGGUCCAGUUGCGUUUAAGACCCGUCUACAUUCCGUGCGGAAGAGGAAGUGGGUACACUGGAUUGGGUGGCUGGUUUUCGUGGUUACAAUUAUCGAGACUUAUGCAAAUCUCGCUGCUCGUCCAGAGAUAUCUUUGCUGCGAUGGUUCGAUACUUCGAGCAGCUCACCUGUCCUUCGGCCAGGACAAUACCGGGAGACCGGGGCCAUUCAGUAUACUCCCGGCAUUCAACUUGGAGAUGAGAGUGGGGUGGAUGAUAUGGGGAGCCUUCAUAACGUGAGAAACGAGCAGUUUCAUCUAGGUGGAACCUUGACUCUCACUAGUUCUGACCCCACGAUUCCUGGAGCUCCCCAUCCCGUUCCCUCGAUCUAUGAUCCCUACCCACUGUACACUAGCAGGAACUGGCGACGGAAACAUCAUGGCCAUUUCAAACCUUGCCUGGGGCCGCGUGGUCGUGAUCUUGAUCGAACUCAACCGGACGAUAUGGUCAUGGUAUACAAGGGAAAGCAAGUUGGGUUUCCGCCACCGAGCUUUGGCUCUCACGAGGCAAUGGAUCUGGAUGGAGAGGUCUGCACGGACCGUUACUCUCGCUUUGGCGCGUAUGGCUACGAUGACGAGAAUGAUGAUGAAAUUGCAGGUUUCUCUAGGCCCCCGCCGGUGAAUUGGUUCGAGUUGGACUGGUACAAUCUGCAAUCCCUUUGCUACCAAAGAAACGCAGACCGUUAUCGACAUGAUGGUUCGAUGAAUGAGACAGGCCAACGACCUCUCUCCUUUGAAUUGAGAGAGCCGCCGCGGAAGACCUAUGAAUCGGAUACGAUCUCUGAUUCCUCGAAAGUUAAACGGUAUCAGCCUCGGUCUGCGGUUCUUAUCCGAGCAUGGAAUAGUAUGAUCUGGACGGCCAAUCACCGUGAAUAUCUUCGUGCGCUAAUCAUGGAGCUUUCUUUGCACUCAGGUGGUGAGUAUGAAGUGUUCCUGUUGGUUCAUGUCAAGGAGGACGAUCUUCCGAUCUUCUCGGACAGAAAAACAAUGGAGGAUCUGCGAAGGUCUAUUCCAGUGGAGUUUCAGAACAUUGCAUUGUUCUUCAACAACAAGUUGUUGGAGGCGUGGUACCCCAAGAUUGAGGAGCAUAGUCCAAAGCUACAACAUCACCAAGCAUUGCAGAUAUUCGCACAACUGUACCCUAAUUUUGAAUACUACUGGCAACUCGAGAUGGACGGCCGCCACACGGGACAUUCUUACCACUUUCUCGAACAGUCGGCCGCCUUCGCAAAGCAGCAACCUCGCAGGUACUUAUGGGAGCGAAACGCCUACUUCUACACUCCAGGUGAUCAUGGGCCAUGGAAGAACUUUACUGCAAUGGUCAACGCAAGCCUCGCUGACAAGCCUGAAGCCACAGUCUGGGGCCCCGUGUAUGGAACAGGGAUCCGACCCCUGGGCCCUGAGCCACCAGUUGGGAGUCCUUUAGAUGAUAGCUUCACUUGGGGUGUCGGCGAGGAAGCUGACCACAUCACCUUUCUCCCUAUCUUCAACCCCAAAGAUACACAAUGGACCUUUCCCAAUACAAUCUGGAACUUCAAAUAUGGUGUUGAGACGUCUCGCCGAACAGCAGUUAUCACUAUGGGACGGUACUCUCGACGUCUCCUGGACUUGAUACACCAUUCCCAAGCCACGCGUGGUCUUGGUCUUGCGUCAGAAAUGACGGGUGCUUCUUGGGCACUCUUCCACGGCCUCAAGGCUGUGCAUGUUCCGCAUCCGAUCUACGCGGAUGGACAAUGGACGCCAGAGGAGCUAGCGAGAAUUUACAAUCGGGGGCCACCGGAAAAUAUUAACGGAGGUCCAGAUAGCAUCUGGAACUGGGAUCAUGUCUAUGAUCAUAUCAUGUAUCGCCUUUCAUACAUGUUUACGACACACACGGGAGAGGAUCUGUACCGGCGAUGGCUUGGAUACCGAACUGCAGAGAAUGAAGGCGGCAAAAAGUCGUCUGAAGCUCGCUACGGCAGACCUUGCUUUCCAUCGAUGUUCCUGCAUCCAGUCAAGAACACCGAUCGACGAAUCGGACAGGACAGAGCUGUUCCGUGA